GCAGACUCUUGACCAAUAAAGUUUCCUUCCCAGUCUUUAAGAGUCUGUGGUUUGUGUGUCAGUUUGACUUUUUAGGCUACUCAACUGGACAGUACUGCUUCUCCAACGGGUCUUGUGGAUCAAAGAUUCAACUGGAGAAGAGAAUCGUUCCAUCCACAGACACCUUGGCUCAUGGCGUGUCUUGCUACCACUGUUGGUGCCAUCAUUCUGUCGGGAUUCAUCAACCUCACAGCAGCAAACAAGGACACAUGUGAUCUUCACGCUGCAGUCGGACAGAGUCUCACUCUGCCGUUUGUCCACGAGGGAACGGCAAAGUCCGAUGUGUUGCGAUGGACUCACAACAGCAGCAUCAUUUUCUACAGGCAACACGGCAGAGUGUCCGUCGGAAGGUCGGAGGACAUGUCUGCAAACGGAUCUCUUUUGCUGAGGAACCUACAAUUCUCGAGUGCCGGGACUUACCAAGUAAAUGUGCUGAAUGUCAACGGUACACUGGCUAAAGCGUGGACCGGGCGUCUCUGCGUGACGGACAGGGUCCCGAAACCUCAAGUCACCUACACGUGCGACCUCAAGUCUGGCGCCGUUCAUCUGAGCUGCCGCACAACGGCAAAGUCUAAGCCUCCGGAGUUCUCGUGGACGCUCGACGGGAAGGCCUUGGCCGGCGAGACCAAACCCACGCUGAGCAUAUCGCUGGCGCGGCUGGAGGGCGAGAGGAGCUUCGCGUGCGGCGCGGCAGACGGAGUCAGCCGGGAGGAGAGCGACGCUGUCCGCCCGGCGUGCGGGAGCCCGCCGUCGCCGGCGACCCUCUGCUUGCCGGCCAGAGCCGCGGCGGCGGCGGCGACGGGAGGAGCAGGCGUGAUUCUGCUGCUGCUCGGCGCUGUCGCGGCGUUGUGUCGCAGUCGCGCCCGAACGAGGGGGCUCCGUCUAAACAAAGGAGAGCCCGACCCCGCCGGCGGGGGGUAUAUGACUCUGACCCCGACGCAGGACUCUGCGCCCAAGGGACCCGAUUCCCCGCCUGGGGCCUGUUACGAGAGGGUCUCUCAGCCGGAAGCGGAGAGCGAUAACCGCCCCGCACAGCUGUCCACAGGUGUUGGAGGAGAACCUUUGCCUGUGCCAAAGCCGAGGACGAAGGCCCCCCAGACACCAAACAUCUGAAUCGGCCUCCCUUUUUUUACCAUCCUAGAAACCAACCAGGCAGUUAUUAUUAUUUCCAUUUUUGACAAAAAAGGAAAUGGCUUCACAAACUUUCCUACCGGUGUCCCCAUUUUUAACCUUCACUUAUUUGUAUUGCUUUAUUAAUCCAGCAUGUGUCUUAAUCUGUUUAAUUGAUCUGGUAUAAUGGUGUGGGUAAAAGGUUGGAGGGGAAUGUAAGGGGACAAUGCUAGAAACGUUUAAAUAAUCAUGUAUCGUUCUUAUGUUACUGGUCUCAUCCUCUUUAUGACUUCCCUGUAUGCACUUUGGUGUCAUGAAUAAACCAAUUUCCCAUUAAAA